AUGACCCAGUCCGUCCUGAAAUGGUUACUGUCGUCCCUGUUCGCCGUGGGCCUGAUGGCCGGUGCACAGGCGCAGGAACGUGGCACCAAGGAAGAAGCCAAGGCGCUCAACGACGCGGCCUACAAGCACAUCGAGAAGGUCGGCGCCGAGAAGGCAUUCAAGGACUUCACGUCCGACAAGGCCAACUGGACGAAGAAGGACCUCUACGUGAUGGUCUACGACGGCAAAGGUGUCGCCCUGGCGCACGGUGCCAACGAGAAGCUUGUCGGCAAGGACAUGUCGGCCGUGAAGGACGCAAACGGCACCCCGAUCGUGACCGGCAUGGUCGCCCUGGCGGCCAAGGGGGGUGGCUGGUUCGACUACGACUGGCCCGAUCCGGUGACGAAGAAGAUCAUGGCCAAGUCCACCUACGCCCGCAAGCUGCCCAGUGGCGACGGCUUCAUUGGCGUGGGCAUCUACAAGCAAUAG